UCGUUCAUUCGUGAUUUGGUGUAGCUAGAAGUUGGUCGUGUGAGUUGUUGCGCUCCGGCCGGUAAUAAUUGGUCACCAUUUUGAAUUUUCUUCAAUUUAGCUUGUUCACUACUGCAAAAGUGAAAAAUCUGUUUACGCUAGAAAACCGCAUUAGACAGUGAAAAACAAGUGCUUAAUCAAGUCGCUUACUACAGUAGGAAAUGGUUGGCUCUCGUGUUUACGUUGGAGGAUUACCUUACGGUGUCCGAGAACGGGAUUUGGAAAGGUUCUUCAAGGGCUACGGCCGGACUCGCGAUAUUUUGAUUAAGAAUGGAUACGGAUUUGUGGAAUUCGAGGAUUAUCGCGACGCUGAUGAUGCCGUUUAUGAAUUAAAUGGGAAGGAGCUAUUGGGAGAAAGGUCUGAUCGAAACCGAGAUAGGCCACUACAAAAAACAAGGGUGGUAGUGGAGCCAGCCAGAGGAACGGCACGCGGACCCGGUGGUCGUCGUGAGCAUGAUCGUUACGAUCGAUAUGAUCGACGAGGCGGCGGACGCUAUGACAAAAAUAGUAGCAAUUCCAGAAAUAGUUCGCGAUAUGGACCACCACUGAGGACCGAGUAUCGGCUGAUUGUGGAAAAUCUUUCGUCGCGUGUUAGCUGGCAGGACCUGAAAGACUACAUGCGUCAGGCAGGAGAAGUCACAUACGCUGAUGCACACAAGCAGCGCAAGAAUGAAGGUGUCGUGGAAUUUGCUUCAAGUUCCGAUAUGAAGACCGCCAUCGAGAAACUGGAUGAUACGGAACUGAACGGACGUCGUAUUCGAUUAGUAGAGGAUCGUAAUGGACGCAAUGGUCGAAAUGGACGUGGGCGAUCACGAUCGUCGAGCAGUCGAUCUCGAUCACGCUCCCGUCGUCGCUCUCGUUCACGUUCCAGAUCCCGACGUUCAUCGCGCAGUCGUUCCAAGUCCCGCAGCCGGUCAAAGUCGAAGAACGGAUCGAAAUCCCCUGAGAAAUCCCGUUCAAGAUCCCGCUCUCGUUCGAACAAAUCCCGCGAACGUGACUCAAAGUCAAAAUCGCGUUCACGGUCUCCGAAGCGCGAUCGUGACGAAUCCCGCUCGCGUUCUCGCUCCAAGUCGGAACGUCGCUCGCGCAGUCGAUCGAAAUCCAAGGAUAACAAGUCCCACUCUCGCUCCCGGUCACACUCGCGUUCGCGCUCCCGAUCACGUGGAUCCCGCGAUCGUUCUCACUCGGUGGACAAACGUGACAAAUCGCGUUCCAUCUCACCCAAGAACAAUGAUCACUCGCCCGAACGCAAUGAAAGUAUGGAGGACUAGAUUGAAUGUCGCCAUUCGCAACGUUGGAUUGUAGGGAUAAAAUUUUAAUAUUCACACAUACAUCUAUGCAUACAUACAACGCCACAAUCAACGCUUAUUUGAUUAUGUGAAAAUAUCGAUUCUUUUCCGAAGUAUGGAAAAUGCAAUUGUUUUGAAGGACAGCAAAAGGUGGACGAGGAGCAGUUUGCUUCACAAUACAAUUAAGUAAAGACUUAAGCUAUGAUUACGUUUGAAUUUUAUAAAGCAUAACUUUGUAAAGUUUUAGAUUUUUGUUU